ACAACUGCUGAGACAUCUGGCAGAUGAGCCAGAGAGGCGGAGGAAACGCACUCUGAGGAAGUGCUGCUGCUGCCGCUGCUGCUGCUGCUGCUGCUGCUGUUUUGUACAGCUACUGAGACUGAAGAUUCACAGACUGACUGCACUGCUCUCACCAGACAGGAAUUCAAGGCCACAAGUGUGCAAACAAAUGGAGCAAGUCAAUCUGACUGAUGGCAUAGAGAACGACUCUAUUGAAUGUCCAUCCAUCGAUGACUUCCGUAAUCAAGUGUACUCCACAUCCUACUCCCUCAUCACCGUGUUAGGCCUGGCUGGGAAUGGCUUUGCCCUGGUUGUGCUGAUCAGAACGUACCGCCAGAGCUCUCCCUUUCAUAUCUACAUGUUGAACCUGGCUGUGUCCGAUCUGCUGUGUGUCAGCACGCUGCCUCUGCGAGUUCUCUACUAUGUCAACAAGGGCCAGUGGAACCAGGGGGAUUUCCUCUGUCGUAUAAGCUCCUACGCCCUCUAUGUAAACCUAUACUGCAGUAUUUACUUCAUGGCUGUCAUGUCCAUCACACGUUUCUUGGCCAUUGUUUUCCCUGUGCAGAACCUGCAGCUGGUGACAGAGAGCCGUGCACGCCUGGUGUGUGUGGGUGUCUGGGUUUUCAUUUGCCUGUCAUCAUCACCCUUCCUGAUGUCUGGCCAGAAAUUAGACCCCAUCACAAACAAAACUAAGUGUUUCGAGCCUCCACAGGGUAAAGGUAUAGAGAAACUGGUCGUGCUGAACUAUUUGUCUCUGGUGGUGGGUUUUGUCGUGCCCUUCCUGGUCAUCCUGCUCUGCUACGCAGGCAUCAUUCACACUCUUCUGUCCCGCACCCACGCUGCCAGACGCCAGCGGGGCGCGGGCACCAAAGCCAUCCGCAUGAUUGUCAUCGUCCUGCUGACCUUCUUGAUCAGCUUCUUGCCGUACCACGUGCAACGAAGCAUCCAUCUGAGCUUCUUGUCUCAGAAGGACACCUCCUGCGCAGAGCGGAUUGCCAUGCAGAAGUCUGUUGUGGUGACACUCUGCCUGGCUGCUGCUAAUUCAUGCUUUGACCCGCUGCUUUAUUUUUUCUCUGGAGAAGGUUUCCGCAGCCGUCUGUCCUCCCUGCGCCAGACAAUGAGGUCCAGCACCCUGCACCGCACAGAUAGGCUGAAGCCCAUCACAGGUGCCGAGCUUAGGGAGAACCACCAGUUGAAUACCAGUUAAUUUAUUCCACGUAGGAGGCUCAUCGAACAAAUAUAGAUUAUGGUUAAAGAGCUCAGGAUGUCUUGUGCUCAUAAACAUGAAUGAAAAUUGAAUCAGGUGAAAAUCAGGGAGAAAAAGGUUUUAACAAAUGAGGGCUAGUUUGUUCAUGAUAUAACAGUUUAAGUCUCAGGAGGAUGUUUUCAAUUAAAAGUGAUAUUAUUCUAAUUAUUGCUCAGUAUUUCAGUGAAGUUGUUCUGAAUUAUCUUGUGAGAUUAAUCGGUACUUUGUGUAAAUUGUAGCUCAAACUGUUCAAUUACAAACAUACAUAUACAGUGUAUAAAUGUGAGAGCAGGUAAUAUUGUAAUGUGUCUUUAUCUGGAUUGUCUUUGAGAUGCUUAUAUUAUACAACCUGAAUAUGAAUGUAUAUCAGGAAGGGCUCAACUCGGCAUUAAGCUGACUACUGUAUACCUUUACUUGUCUUGGAUAUUAAUGUUGUAAUGACCAUAUAAGAAAAUAGCUAUAUAUAUGUAAUGUAUACAAUUUUGUCAUUAUGCUAUGGUAACUUUUAUUUUGUUGUCAUUAUCUAAUGACUAUUUUUCUCUAUGUAUUUUGUACUGUUUUUUUGCAAAUAAUAAUAAGCUUAUUUAAGCUUUUACCACCUUAAAGAUCAACUUUGUCUGCACUCUGAUUUUCUGCACUGUAAUACGUUUAGUUUCAAACACUGGCUCUAAACUAGGAGGAAUUUUUUGGCUUAUUGAGCUCUGUAAUACAAUCAUGAAAUGUACUUUUAAACACCUGAAAAUAUGCUGCUGCAUUCCUACUGCAUUUCAUGUCAUGUAUGAUAACUUAAUCAAUAAAUCAUCAAGUGUGUGUCAAUCAUGGUCGGAUUAAAUUGUUAGGGGCACCAGAGCAAAAAUGUACCCUGUAGUCCAGCCACAAUGCCUGGUUGCUAAUCCAGCCU